AGUUGGAAUGCAAACGGGUCCUGUAGUUCAUCCUGUGUGAAAUGCACACAGGCAGCAUUUAUUCAGAAACCGAGUGAUGAAAAACACUGUAAAAUACUCAAAAUAUGGACUGGGUAUUCUGCAGUAAAGGGUUGAGAAUUGUAACUUUACCUGUGUACGAAGCGAAAUGUCGGGUUGUUUACUUCAACCUGCCUGGAAUAUAUUGUCAGUUCUAAACUGUUUUGGAAAGUAAAACUAAAAUAAGAUGAGUUGGUAAACAACAGACGUGUUUAUUUAUUAUUGUUAUUAUUUUUUAUCUCUGUAUAUUUUUUUUUUAUCAUUUUAUUUGGGUGGUGACUUAUUAGCCAGCGCAAUGUUUCGCUUCAAAGAAAAAACAAUGUGUUUCGUGUGAAUCGUGAGUCUUGUUUUGUAAUUUUAAUGGGAGGCCGGUCGUUGAACGGCGAAGCUUCUGGGCGAUUUGUGCGAAACAAGACAAUUAAGAAGCAGCCAGGGCGGGAGUGGAUGGAUUCGUUGGCCGGGUACGUGUACAAAGCGGCGAGCGAAGGGCGAGUGCUGACUUUAGCUGCCCUGCUGCUCAAUCACUGUGAAGGGGAGACACGGUAUCUGCUCAGCUAUGUGACCGAGCACGGGGGUCAGCGGUCCACGCCGCUCAUCAUUGCGGCGAGAAACGGGCAUGCAAAGGUUGUUCGCUUGCUGCUGGAACAUUACCGGGUCGAGACAGAGCAAACCGGUACUGUGAGAUUUGACGGAUACGUUAUUGAUGGGGCCACUGCACUGUGGUGUGCAGCAGGCGCUGGACAUUUCGAGGUUGUCCGUUUGCUGGUCACUCAACGUGCAAAUGUGAACCACACCACUGUGACCAACUCCACGCCUCUGCGGGCAGCCUGCUUCGACGGCAGACUGGAUAUUGUUAAGUACCUGGUGGAGAACCACGCAAACAUCAACAUUGCCAACAAGUAUGACAACACCUGCCUUAUGAUCGCAUCCUACAAGGGCCACACGGACGUGGUGAAGUACCUGCUUGAGCAGAAAGCCGACCCCAAUGCGAAAGCCCACUGCGGAGCGACUGCCUUGCAUUUCGCAGCAGAGGCCGGCCACCUGGAGAUAGUGAAGGAGCUGGUCAGAUGGAAAGCUGCUAUGGUGGUCAAUGGUCAUGGAAUGACCCCCUUCAAAGUGGCGGCUGAAAGCUGCAAAGCUGAUGUGGUUGAACUUCUUCUGUCUCACGUGGACUGCGACCGGAAAAGCCGCAUCGAAGCUUUAGAGCUACUGGGGGCCUCUUUCGCCAAUGACCGAGAAAACUAUGACUUUCUGAAAACGUAUCACUAUUUGUACCUGGCAAUGCUGGAGCGAUAUAGAGAUCCCGGCAACGUUAUAGAGAAAGAAGUCCUUCCUCCAAUAGAAGCCUAUGGCAAUCGCACUGAGUGCAGGACUCUGCGCGAUCUAGAGGCAUUGAGGCAGGAUCGGGAUGCCCUUCAUAUGGAAGGAUUGAUAGUCCGUGAGCGGAUUUUGGGAGCAGACAACAUUGAUGUUUCUCAUCCUAUUAUUUACAGGGGAGCUGUGUAUGCAGACAACAUGGAGUUUGAUAAGUGCAUCAAGUUAUGGCUUCAUGCACUGGAGCUCAGACAGAAGGGCAGCAAGAAUACUCACAAAGACCUGCUCCGGUUCGCCCAGGUCUUCUCCCAAAUGAUCCAUUUGAAUGAGCCGGUGAAAGCGAAGGAUAUAGAGAACGUGUUGAAAUGCAGCGUGGUGGAGAUCGAGAGAGAAAUGUCGCGAAUGAAAAUAAUUCAGGAAAGCGAUAUCCACGCGGCCACGGACAACUACGAGUCCAACGUUUUCACCUUCCUCUAUCUCGUCUGCAUCUCCACCAAAACUCAGUGCAACGAAGAGGAGCGCGCUCGAGUCAAUAAGCAGAUCUACAACUUGAUUCAGCUGGAUCCCCGGUCCAAGGAAGGGUCCACGUUGCUGCACCUCGCCAUUAACCCCAAUACGCCUGUAGAUGAUUUCCACACCAAUGACGUGUGUAGUUUUCCCAACGCCCUGGUCACCAAGCUGCUGAUCAGCUGUGGCGCGCAAGUGAACGCCGUGGAUAACGAGGGGAACAGCCCUCUUCACAUCAUCGUGCAAUACAACAGACCCAUUAGCGAUUUCCUGACCUUGCAUGCCAUUAUCAUCAGCUUGGUGGAGGCAGGGGCUCACACAGACAUGACCAACAAACAGAAAAAGACCCCCCUGGAUAAAAGUACUACUGGGGUGUCUGAGAUCCUACUCAAAACUCAAAUGAAGAUGAGCCUUAAGUGCCUGGCAGCCAGAGCUGUGCGGCAGCAUGAAAUCAAUUACAAAAACCAGAUUCCUAAAACUCUGGAAGAAUUUGUAGAGUUUCAUUAAAGGUUCAGAUCUUUUAUUGUUUGUAACAACGGUGCUGGGGAAAAUAAGAGUUGAAUAAAAAAGAAAACAUUAAAAAGGAUACAGUGCCGUAGGUUUUUUUUUUUUUUAAUAUUUGAACUUCAACUAAGGUUGACAUUAACAGAUUUGUUGCAGACUUUAAACCAGAAGACAUUUUCAGUUCUAGAAAGUGGCUCUCCUGAUUUUAAAAUAUUAUAUAUUUAUUAUUUUGGUUUUACUUUUAUGUUGCAGGAUAGGACUGUGGAAAUCUAGGUUUGUGUUUUUUUUUUUUUUUUUUUCCCAGAUUCCAUGCAAGAGCAUAGAGUUGAACUCAUUAAUAUUUUUAAUGAUAGUUUUCCUUUAGUUGAACUGCUUCCUCGGGUGAUAUUGGAGACUAGUUUCUCAUUCUACUCUAUCAUCUGUAUUUAGGUAUAAUGUGUAAAGCGGUAUAGUGUAAAAUCACUUCUUAGUGUGGUGGGGCAUAUUUAUUUUAAAGUUUGACAAAAUUCAUUUUAAAAAUAAAAACAGGCAUAUUGAAAUAAGAAACAUCCGUUUGGCUAAUUACACAGCAACAACCUUUUGAUAAUGUAUGUAAUAUACAAAUAUAUUGUGCAUACACAAAUUGUCUAUAAAAAAAAAAGCAUGACUUGCUAUAUACAGAAACAUUUUAUUUUGUAAAGAUCAGAACCAGAUUAUUUUUAGUUCAGCAAGCAGUUUCAUCAGUUCAGUAGCGGUUUAAAGUUGAGCACAGUCUGUUCAUGCAAAUACUGGUGCUGCAAGCCAUACUGACAUUGGUCUGGUAUGGAGAUGCAUGCUAAGAUCCUUUUUAUUGGGGUUUAAUGUAGUUGGGCACUAAAGAAUAAUAGCCUUGGAGGUAACAUUAUGCCUGAGAUUUCUGAGUGUAAGCUUAAAACUCUGUCCACUCUGCUUUUUAGUGUAUUUCUUUACGCAUGGGUAAAAAGGACUUUGAAAUGAAAUAGGAAUUAUUUAUGAUCUGUGCAGCAGUACAGAGUUAUUUUGUUUUUUAACAAUAGAGACAACCCAUUCUAUAUUCUGGAGUUUAUGCUUUUGAAAUCAACAUGUUGUAUUGCCCAAACCUGGGCUAUGAGUCUGUAAAAUAGUGGAACUGUUCUCCCAGGCACCCUUUGUUAAGAUACUAAAGAAAUACGUAUAGAACACAAAGCCACUUGUGUAGCAGAGGGAGUCACCAUGCUGCUUCCCUUGUUGAGUUCUGAUCCUGUGUGAAUGCUCUUUUUAUAGAAUGCAUGCUAAUGCCUAGAAUGUUUUGAGUGUUUUUCAGUGUUUUUUUCCCCAGUGCAUUUGUUACCACACUGUGACCUGGGCAUGUCUGCACAAAAGUCAAAUGCUAGCAUGUGGUCAAUACAGUAACAGAAUGAUGUUUUAAUAGAUGCACACUCACAGAGAAUUGUGUUAGACAGUGUUUUUGUGGUAUGAAAAUGCAGCCAGUAAAGCAGCCUGUGCCUUCAUGUGUAUCGUGUGGGUUCUGUGCCAAUCAUGUGUCCGUAAUUUGCCAUAAUACACAGUCCAGUACCAGACAGUAUCUUCCUUUGAUAACAGAAAUGCUGCAGCUGAAUGACUGGUUGAUUUGAAAUACUUUUUAAAAUUCUUAUCUGUAACAGCAAAGUAAUUUACAAUGCAGGUGUGUGACAAAGAAAGUAGUUUUAUUGAUUACAGUAGGUAAAAACAGUACAUGCAGUGAAUUCAUUCCAGGCGCCUGCAUUGAGUACACCAGUUUGUGUGUUUUUUUAAUGUACUGCUAUAGGGAACAGCACUGAGGGAGCCUUAAGGUGGGAUUUAUAUUCAAUAAUAGGAAAAACAAUCCACCCAUAUUGCCAUUGACUGUUUACCCAUGAGUGGCUGCAUGUCUUCCCACAUGCAUCACUUUAUAUAUGCAACAGGUAUGAUAUGAAUGAGGAAACAUACAAUGGCUUUGUGUAACUGGAGAUGUAUAGUGGUGAAUUUACAAGAAGGCAAAACACAUCAACAUAUUCAAUAACGCUCCACAUUACAUCAGGUUGACUUUCAUACAGAAACACGUGCCUAUACGCACUCGCUCUUUUCCUUACUGUUUCGGUGUGAUGCUUUUAUUUUUUUUAAAUUUGCAAUAGCAAAUGAUACCUGAAUGCAAAAAAAGACUGAAUUGUGUGUGGAAAAAUUAAACUAAGUACCCUUUUGAAUUGUUUUUAUCUGUAUUCUCUCAUGAUUACUGUACUCUUAAUUUUUUUAGUGUUUCUGCACACAUGCCUGUCUGACAGGCAGAGGGCAUUGUAUUUUUACCCUGUUCAUUGCAGUAUUUUCCAAUGAAAACGUCUGCGUGUUUUGAAGCUAUUUCUAAGCCUAUAAUUAUUAAAAUCUCAGAUAGUUUGUAACCUUAAUAUCUGAUUACAGAAUGUGGAAAAAACCCUUAUAAAAGUUUGCUGUAGUGAAAGCAUAGUAAGAUGUAGGUAAGCAUUGUAAAGAAUAGCGAGGUAUG